AUUCCACCGUAUUUCACGCGCCCAAACAGGGCCUAAAAACCACUCCAGCAACCAGAUUUUCUUGAUUGUGAGAAGAGAUCUCUUCUUCCUUAGAAAUGGCGGGAAAUCUGAGCAGAGUAGCAUCGAGGAUAAUGGGAGGAAACGGAGUCGUCGGUCGAUCUGUCUCUUCCUCCCUUCGCCUUCGAGCUGGCAUGGGUCUCCCCGUCGGCAAACACAUCGUCCCUGACAAGCCGCUUCCCGUAAACGACGAGCUUAUUUGGGACAACGGCACCCCUUUUCCCGAACCCUGCAUCGAUCGGCUCGCCCCCACCAUCGGAAAGUAUGAAGCAUUAGGAUGGCUUUGCGGAGGCUUGAGUUUCUUUGCUGCUCUGGGACUGUUGGCUGUCUGGAACGACAAAGCAUCUAAGAUUCCCUUUACACCAAAAGUCUAUCCAUACGACAACCUCCGCGUGGAGCUUGGUGGAGAACCAUAAGUGAAAUCGACUGCAAAAAUGCAGUUUGUCGAAGCGAGGGCAAGCAAAAUUGUGUUGGCACCGGCUAGGUCAUGCUAUCUUGGGAAAGGCCAUCUAGGUCAUGUUAUCUUGGUCUAGCUAUUCUUCCCUUGAUUGUUAAACAAAACAAGGAGUGAAAUGGAUGGUGGCAAAUGGUGGGAGUUUGAUGUGGUGGCAUAUGUAGCGUUUAUUGAUCAUGUGCACAUUGACACACGUGGCAUAUGUUUGAUGCUUGGAGAUUGAUGGUGGCAUAUGUGCAAAUGUGGGGUGCUUGAACUUGGAUGGUCACACAUGCGGCACAUUCAGCACGUUAUGCAUGCACACGGAGCAACGUUUCGUCUGCACCAAACUAGGAACAAGCUAUCCUCGAUGUUGUUCCACCUUUUUUUUUUUUGUGAAUAGAUGCUGUCAAUGGUUGCAAGUUUUGGGUCACAUUGCCCUUAUUUUCCUAGGUUCCUGUGCAUGAAUGGGUUUAACAAUCCAUGGAUAACCUAUGACCUGGAUGGCUUGCACCAAGAGGACGACUCUCCUCAAUUCCAAAUGGCCCUUAUUGAUGUUUCCUAGCAUAGAGUGGCCCUCAAAUUGCAAUUGCGUUUCUUCCGAGUCUAAUUGAAAGCAACCAAAAUGCAAUUUGGUGCCUGAUCCCUGAAGACC